UGUGAGGGUAUUCAUAAUUAAUAAAAUUUUCAGUUGUUUUGGUGAAUAAUCAAGUUUCAAAUUCAGAAUAUAUAUAAUACCAAAAUAGUUUAUAUCAUUUAGCACUGACUGAAAUAUAUUUUUACAUUAAAAUAAUAUUCUUUUAUUAACCAAUAAAAGAGUAAAUUGGUUAAUAAAAGAGUAUUCUCAUGAUAUUUUUGGUUGUACAAUUUACUUUUUUAGAAUUUCUUAUUAGUUGGCUAUCCUCGAUUUUAUUUUCUAAAGAUAUCAAUCUUUACUUUUAUGAAUUGAACAAAGUUUUCGAAAGGAAUGAAGAUUGGAGCUUUGCAUGAUUGUUAGCACAAUUUAAGAAUAAAUGUUUUGACAAAGGUUGUAUCUGAAACGUUAAUAACUUCUUGGUAAAAUUCACAUCCAGCGAAAAGAUUGAAAACUACAAAUGGAAUGAAGCUUUGGUUGCUUUGUUAAAUCAGACGUUUUUGACUCACCCGAAGUCCAAAUCGAUGGCCGUUCCGGCGAAGAAGCAACAUGGAAGGAGAUGGUUCUCUUCUGUGCAACACGUAAUUCCCGGUUUGGACCAGCUGUUGACACAUGCUUAGCUUCCAUUUGUAACAUAUUAGGCCAUUGGGCUUUAUAAUAUAAAGUUGACAAAAAAAACAAUUGGUUUAAUUCAAAGAACCAACUAAAAUUAAUGAACCAGCAAAAAAACAGUGAACCGAUGCGGACUGAAUCGAGGUUUGUGACCCCCUAUAAAAAUCUGAAGAUCACGCAUGGGAGCUUCAGUUCCAAAAUCUGCAGCACAAGUCCAUGAUGAUGCGGUUGCUAACCAGCAUAAAGUCGGAGAUGUACUUCCACCAUUUCACUACAAGCUUCCCAAAGAUGGAAAAACUGGAAUGUAUUUUUUCUAGGACUUCAACACAGCACCCCUACACCCAAAAUGUGAUGUAGUCAACCUUGCAAAAAAUCUGAAAUCUGCUCUUCAAAAUUGCAAUCAAGAGUGCACUAAAUUUGUACCGGCGGCUAGAGAGACUUACGGUGCUUCACCGCAGAGCAGUUUAGUAAGCUGACUUCUCAGAGAUUCAAAUAGCGCCAUCUCGUCAGUAUAAGCCUCAGCAAGUGUGAGACUAAUGGCUGUGAAGCUAAGUAUGUUUUGUUUAUAGUAUUACUCUUUGUUUUGUAGGAUCAUUGUUCUUACAGAUUUCUUUUUUUCUCAGGUACUGAAAAGAGUGAUCAACCUAAAGCAAUGAUACCAAUGUCCAUAUACAUCUACGCAGCUUUGCAUGAGCUGAAGCACAAGCAGAAGUCUCACAUAUAUGUCAUUUCAGAAGAUCUCGAUCUUGCAUCAACAAUUGCAUGAUUGGUGGACAGAGAUCACACAGUGUGUUGCAGUGCCCCAAUGUUCGGACUACAUACUUUGCGAGCUCAGCAUUGAAGCUUGGUAUUGGUAUAAAAUGCAAGAAGGAAAAAAAACAAUUGAGAAGUUAAAAAGAAUAUGUAGUUAGCUCUUUAUCAUGUUAAAGACAUUUAUUGGAUAUUUGUGGUAGCAUCGAUUUUUCAAAAGAAAUCACACCUUUAACCACUCUCCCUGUGAUGUCUUUAUUGGAUAUUUGUGGUAGUAAUUGAUAUUCAUGUUAAAGACAUUUCUUGGCCUUGUUGUUGUUCUUCUUUUUCUCUGUUGGAAGAAUGAAACAUUUGAAGAUCGAAACUGUGAUGUCUCUUUCCGCAGUAAGUAGCGUAUGUUAAUAAUCAGUUAGUGUGUAGGCCUCUCUAAUAUCAUUUUGGUGUUAUGGCCAUUGGAUUAUAUGGGAUUUUAUGUUUUUUGUUUGACCAUUGAACUACUGUUUAGCUAUUGAAAGAUCGUGCCUUUUGUAAUGCCAACCAAGUUUUUGCGUUUGCGUUUUUCAUUGACUUGGUUUGUGGAAAGAUUCUGAUCGAUUAUGAAUUACAUAUAGAACAAGUUUAAUCUAACAAAUCCUAAAUCAGUUUGAACUUCGAAUUUAUAGUCAACAUCAUGUGUACAUUGGCUCUUAAGUUUCUGAUUGAUUCAAAUGAUUUCGGUCACUAAGUAGAGAGAGAUAAUAUCAUAAGCUGUGUUGAUGGGUCACUAAAUGAUGAUGACUAGGUAAGGUUGUGGAGAAUGUCCACAUUCUUUGAAAUGGAAUUACAAAAGCGUGCUUCUAAUUUUGAAAGAAUAAAGAUAAUAUUUAUAAAUGCCAUGUUGUGAUCUAAGAAACAGAUCAUGCAAUCUUAGGUACAGAUAAUCCUUUAUGAUCUCAUUAUUGGUUCAUUGAUUUUUAAUUUUUUUCUUUUUUUUUGCUUGCAACCUUUUUCUUUCUUUAAUUUGGAAAAAAAUUAAGCUUCGCUUUGAUGAUGAUGAGUCUUUCCUCCUGAUUCUUUUUAGGAACGACCAUCUUCCGAAAUAUUUUUUUGAAAGAUAUUUAUUUGUAUAGUAUAGGUAAACUUCAAGUGAAAAUACAUUAUGAAAUUAUAUGACCAUAUUAAUAAAUACUAACAUAGGAUUAAACACAACAUGAUUUUUGUAAGUUUAUAAGACAUAUUGCUUGAGAUGAUGAUUUAACUGAUUGAUGACAAUUUAUCUGAACUGUAAGAACUUUUUUUAAGAGUUUAUAUGAUAUAUUUACCUGAUAUGAUAAUUUAUCUGAACUAUAUGAACUUUGUAGCUAUUUUUUCUCAUUAAAUUGAAUGCAAAUAAAUAUUAAUGGAUUUUAUUAAUAAGGUGUUAAAAAGUGGUGGGACUGUAUAACAACUCAAAAGGAUUCUUAAACUCAAAUGCAUUAUUUUUUUUAUUUUUUUUGCAUCAACAUUAUUUAAAAGCUAGUUGAACCUAGAGCUCACUCUAUCUUCAUAUCACAUAUGAAUCACAUCACAUGGCUCAUCAUUGUUUCAAUGACGUGAUAACUAAAGUUGUAAUGAUCUACUCAACAACGAGUUUUAGUCUUUAUGGACCACCAUCAGCUUUAAUUAUUUUUUCAUCCGGUAACUAGAUUUGUGAUAAAUUGAGCUAAUUAUUAUGGAAUUUUGUAAAGUAAUAGAUGAAAUUCAUUCCCACAUGUUUUCUAAAGUAAUAGAUGUUCAUACACUAUAGAUUAUAAAAGAAGAAAUGUUUCUUUAAGAUAUAACCUUAGCAGAAAAAUUGAAGUUCAAUUAUCUGUUCUAGAAUAUUUUUCUCAUAACUAAAACUGUCAUUAUUAUUUUUCUUAUAAUGUCAUUUUAGUAGAUAUAAACAUUCAUUUUGAAAAAUAAACAUCCUUUUCGAAUUUUUCAAAAAUUACCUCCAAGUACAAAGAAAUUAAACCCAAUAAAAUAGUUCCUGAUUUAAAGAAAAAACCUUCAAAGCUCAAUAUAUUUAUUUUGCUUUCUAUCAAUGAUUAAACUGUACUAUCACUCAUUGUUGUCAUUAUUUUUCUUUUCUCUUGAAGCAAGAAUAUUUCACGAGAUCCAUUUUAUAUAUGUUUCAUGGCGAUAUCAUAACAAUAAUUACAUUAAAAUAUGAUAUGACCCAACUUUACAUCUUUACAUAAUUUCUCAAGUUUUUGUAAGUAUAGCUACGUUGACAAGCCACAUGUUCUUUUAUCACAAGCUAAAAGUGGCAAUAGAGAAAGAAUUCAUGAAAUGAAUAGUUUAUUUUGUAAUGAAGGUGGACCAAUUUCAAGUGAUUGGUUAUGAAGCCAAAAGAAAAAAAAGGAGAGUUUGAACAAGUCAGUAAUCAUAGAUAGUGAAAGUGACAGUUGGAAAAGGAGACAAGAGAGGAUCCUAUAUUUAGACAUCAAUUAGAACUCAUCUCUUCACAAUUGUCUGAAUCUCCACAUCAUCACUUCUUUCCUCUCUUCUACAAAAUUCGAUUCAACAGAUUGUGUUCACAGGUAAAAGGGAGAUUAUGUCUUUGUGUUUCUCUGCCACAUCCUAUUAGACAAUGCAUUGUUACAUCAUCGUUUACUGUGCUUAUGUGAACCAUAUUUAGGUUUUGUUCUUGUAAAGAGUCUAAUGAUAUUGAAACAUAUAAUAAAAUGAAACAAUAUAUGGACACUCAUUGUGAUUCUCUUGGUGAUCUGUUUCCAGGGAAGUUCAUUGUAAUGGCAAAGAGAAGGUCAUGGUUUGGUUGGAUAAAAAGAUUAUUCAUCUGCGAGGCCAAAGCAAAAUCAGAGAAGCCAAGGAGAUUGAGAUGGGUGUUUAGAAGACUAAAGCUGAGACAUCAGAUUGCAACUCCGGCACAAGAGACAAGGACUUUGAACAAAGCAACAGAGGAUCAGAGAAAGCACGCCAUGAACGUAGCCAUCGCCACGGCAGCAGCAGCCGAGGCGGCGGUUGCAGCCGCCAAGGCAGCUGCUGAGGUUGUCAGGAUGGCGGAAAACGCCUUCACGUCACAACAUUUUGUCAAGAAGAGUAGUGAUCCUAAUUUGGCAGCUAUCAAGAUUCAGAGUGCCUUCAGAGCUUAUCUGGCGAGGAAAGCGUUGCGGGCACUGAAGGCACUUGUAAGGCUUCAAGCCAUUGUCCGUGGCCGCGCUGUUAGAAGAAAGGUUUCUUCUAACAAAGCUUCAACAUCAAGCCUCAUCCAGAGGAAACACUUGUCUAAGAACAAAACUGAGAUCAAAGAAGAACUUAAGAUACCAAAACGUUCAAUGUGUAACGGUCAGAAUAGUUGGGACAGUAGCGCACUCACCAAGGAAGACAUCAAAGCCAUAUGGUUAAGGAAGCAAGAAGGUGCGGUCAAGCGUGAGCGUAUGUUAAAGUACUCCCGGUCUCAUCGAGAGAGAAGGAGUCCUCACAUGCUUCUGGAGUCAUUGUACACAAAGGACAUGGGGAUGAGAAGCUGUCGGCUUGAACAUUGGGGUGAAUCCAAGUCUGAAAUGGUUGUUGUCCCUACAAAAGUAAAGCUUAGAAGUUUGCAGAGACAAGACUCCGGUGACGGACAAGACUCUCCGUUCUCUUUUCCAAGGAGAUCAUUCAGCCGUCUUGAGCAGAGUCUAUUGGAGGACGAGAGCUGGUUCCAAAGUGGGUUCCAGCCUUACAUGAGCGUGACAGAGUCUGCAAAGGAGAAGUUUAGAUCGCUGAGCACACCGAGGCAACGUGCAGCGGUCAUGGAGUCUUGGUUAGAUGAGAAUAAGAAGGAUGGAGAUAAAGUAUCUCUCUGGUCUUCCUUUGUCAGUGAAGAAAAUAGUAAGAUGAGCAGCUCUAAGAAGUCGUCUCUUGCCACAAACAAACAUUUGUUGUUGAAAUAUUGAACAUUCAUGAUACUUUCUCUUUUUCUUUUCUUUUGAUGGGUCUCACAUCUCAUGCUCUUUAUAGAUUUAUAUUCUUUUGGGUUUGGGUCUGUGCUUAUGUUCAUUUAUGUUCUUGAGGAUUUGGAAGCAUGUUGUUUUAUCAGUGUGAUUCUUUUGUUUAAUUUUUGAUUAAGAAAUGAGACAUGUUUUUGGCCA